AUGGAAGGAGGAGCUCGCAGACUCAAUAUAAUCAACCAACACCUAACAGGAGAACCAAUUGAAGUUGUGAUUUGUGCAGCCUUUAGAACUCCUCUUACACGUGCUAAAAAAGGAGGUCUCAAAGACACCCCUGUUGAAGAGAUGCUUGCUCAACUCUAUGACCAUGUCAUCAAAACCACAAGACUUGACAAGGCAAAGAUUGAAGAAGUCGUCAUUGGCAACGUCCUAAAGGUUGGAUCAAAUGGUAUGGGUCUGAGACUUGCUCAGUUCAUGUCAGGCUUCCCAGAUACAGUCCCUUGCUACUCACUCAAUCGUAUGUGCGCAUCAGGACUCCAAUCUGUGGCUGAUAUUGCUAAUGCUAUUAAGGCUGGUCAAAUAAAAAUCGGAAUUGCAGGCGGUGCCGAAUCAAUGUCUCUCUUUGAAAUGAACAGCGCUGUUCACCCACCACUUCCUGAAAGAGCUUUCGAAAUCCCAGCAGCUGCAAACACCGUUCUUCCUAUGGGAAUCACCUCUGACAACGUCGUCAGCAGAUUCGGAAUCACCAGACAAAAGAUGGACCAAAUGGCUGUAGACUCCCACGCAAAGGCCGCCAAAGCCCAAGAAACUGGACUUUUUGAUGAAGAAAUCGUCCCUAUCAAGACAGUCGUCAAAGGAGAAAACGGUGAACAAAAAACUAUCACUGUGACCAAAGAUGACGGAAUCCGUAAAGGCACAACUUUACAGAUCCUCGGCAAACUUAGACCAGCUUUUAACCCUAAUGGAGGCACCACAGCAGGAAACAGCUCACAAGUCACUGAUGGAGCUGCUGUUGUUCUUUUGGCAAGUAGACAGGCUGCUAUUGAAAACAAUCUUCCAAUCCUCGCUAGAUUUGUGAGCUUCGCAGCUGUUGGAGUGCCACCUGAGAUUAUGGGAGUUGGCCCAGCUUUCGCCAUCCCAAGAGCUCUUCAAUUGGCUGGACUUACCAUUAAUGAUAUUGACAUUUUUGAAAUCAAUGAAGCUUUUGCCAGCCAAGCCACCUUCAGCAUUGAACACUUAGGAAUUGACAAGAAUAAAGUAUCCAAAAAUAUAAAGAAUAGUAAAUUAAUUAUUAAUAUAGGUUUAAUAGGAAUAUUUAUAUAAAAAAAAGGAUAAAUCCAAAAGGAGGAGCCAUUGCAUUCGGACAUCCUUUGGGCUGCACUGGAUCCAGACAGGUUGCAACACUUUUACCUGAGCUUAGAAGAACUAGAGGAAGAUACGGAGUCAUUAGCAUGUGCAUCGGAAGUGGUAUGGGCGCUGCGGCUGUUAUCGAAAAUUUAGUAAGAUAA